AUGUUCAAAAGUAAAUUCUCUAAGAAAAGAAAUUCUACUUCUAGUGAACCACCACUUACUUGUUCUGAUAGUAAAAUUCCUACUGUUAGUCCACCAACAGAAAAACCAAAAAAGAAAAGAAAGGCAUCUGUUGGGUCUGUUUUUAAAGGAAUAGGAGAGGCUUUAACAUUUGAAAAAGAAAAAACAGCAGAAGAAAAAGCAAAAGAAGAACAAGAAAAUUUAAUGGUUCUUCAAUUAUUUAAACAAAAUUUAGAAUGUUUUGAAAAAUCAUCAGAACCAGUAUUAUUAUGUGAAUCAUUAACAGGUUAUAAAAGAAUGAAUAAAGCUAAAAUUACUAAAAGGGAUUUGGUAUUUGCUAUGUGUGGAGAACCUGUUUAUAAAGGUACAAUUAAAAUUGAUUGUUGGAGUACAUUAAAAAUGCCAAUUGACUCUUAUUCAACAAAACAAAAAAGAAAAUGUUUAAUUCCAUUAGACAUUGAAAAAGAUGGAUAUUGUAUUGAAUGUGAUGAAUCAAGUAUAGAACAAAAAACAGAAUUAAAAAAUAUGACAAUUGUUGACUUUGAAUCAGAAUUUCCUUUUUAUAAGGAAUUUUUCUAUAGAAAUCCUAAUGUUAAACAUUAUUUAUCUAAAGAAGAAAAUGUUAUAUGUUCUAUUCAAAGAUUUAAAGAAGUGUCUCGUUGUAUAUUAAGAAAUAAUAAAGGAGUUAUUCGUUGUCUCAUUGGAAAAGAAGAAUCUGAAAAACCACAAUGUUAUGACAAAUUCUUUAAUGAACCAAAAAAUGUUAUUUGUUUAGAUAAUACACCUGAACUUGAUGAUGCUUUAUUUGAAAUGGAAAAUAAAUCAAUUAUUACUCAUUUUAAAUUUGGAGUAAUUUAUGUUAAACCUAACCAAAAUGAUGAAAAUAAAAUCUUUACUACUAGUGCUAAGGAUUGUUCUCCUGCUUUCUGGAAAUUUUUAGAUUUAAUUGGUAAUAAAAUUGAAUUAAAUGGUUGGACUGGUUAUAGAGGUGGGUUAGAUGUCAAAAGUGGUAGUACAGGAACUCAUAGUUAUAUUUCUCAUACUCAUAACUUUGAAAUUAUGUUUCAUGUAUCACCUUUAAUCCCAUUACUACAAGAUGAUGGACAAGGACUUGAAAGAAAACGACAUGUGGGUAAUGAUGUUGUUGUAUUAAUUUUUAAAGAACAAAGUAAUCAAAAUGAUACAUUUGACCCAAGAAUAUUAACAAGUCAUUUUAAUAGUAUUUUUAUUGUUGUAACACCUGAUAAACCAACUAUUGAUAAUAUACAUUAUAAAGUUACUGUUUGUGCAAAAGCUGAAAUUAAUUCUUUCCCUCCAUAUCUUAAUGAAACAGGAACAUACUUCCAUGACGAUAUUUUCAGAGAUUUUAUACUAAGAAAGUUAAUAAAUGGUGAAAGAACUGCCAUGUUUUCUCCAACAUUUAGACUCAAUUAUAAAAAGACAAUCAAAGAAGAAAUUAAAAACAUAAAUGAACAAUUCUAUAAACAAGACCUCUUUGCUGUGUUGAAGUAA